ACAUCCGUUAGAACUUUCAAAUUAGACAGCGUACGUACGACGACACACGCACGCGAGCGAGCGAGCGAGCGAGCGAGCUUGAGGCUGGCCUUUCGGAAAGUGCGCGAACUCAGCGGUUUCUUCUGAAUCACGUUCUACGUGCCGACGCCACCACGGAACUGAACGAUACGAUGCCGCACAAUAUCUACUACUCCGACAAGUACUACGACGAUAAGUACGAGUACAGGCAUGUGGUUUUACCAAAAGAAAUGGUGAAGCUGGUGCCGAGAACUCACCUAUUGUCUGAGCAAGAAUGGAGAGCUAUUGGAGUACAGCAAAGUCAAGGAUGGGUACAUUAUAUGAUUCAUGAUCCUGAACCACACAUUUUGUUAUUUAAGAGGAAAAUAACGACGCCAGUGGAGAUGAGGAGGGAGGAGAAUUAAAUGCAGCAAAGUUAUGUCGUCUUGUAAAUAACAAUUCAGAUCAUGUUCAUAUUUAUAGUGGAACUAUUUACGAUCGCCUACUAUUUUCUCUCAUUCUUCUUCUUGAUCUCGACAAUAAGAUCGACAAUGUGUUCCGUAAAUACGUCAAAUUCGAUUUCUAAAAGUUUAACUGAAAAAAAAUUGCAAACCAAUCAUAUAAAAAUCUUAGUAAAAUUCCACAGAAUAGUAUGUCCAUGGUCGUUUCUAUCUUUAAUUACUUCGCAUUGUCAUUUCGUAAAAAAAUGUCAAGCAAGUAUUUUGUAUAUAUGUCUAUAGAGUAUGCUAGUUUUUAAUUCCAUUUUAGCUCUUCCAUUUUUCUCUUUUUGCAUUUUGGAACUCGGGACUAUAAGAGAUACGUUGCGAUAUAUUAAUUCCGAAACAAAAUAAAAUAUUCUAGUUGUUUCCAAAGACUGUAAUGCUCCGAAGCGAAGUGAUUCAUAGGAAUAUGUGAUUACAGUGCCUUCUCAUAUAGGAACUUAGUCUAAAAUUCAUCGAUUUAAAUUAAGGCAUCUAAAAUAAUGAUUUUCUUUUUUAAGUUUGAUACUUAAUGCAAAAAUUUUAAUUUAUAUAAGUGUAAACAAAUCGUUAAAUUCAAUGUAAUUCAUUCACUUUGAUUUUAGUACCUUGACUUUGAUACGAGAAGUUUAUUUUUUCGUUACGCGAUUUUUGUAUUCUCUUGUUUCAAUUAAACCUCUGUGCCGUAUAUGAUUUUUAUGUAUCUCGAAAGCUAUAUAAUUGGCUGUAUUAAGUUCACACUCGAAUUCAAGCUUUCCUAUUUUAUAUUUGCUUAGCAUCCGAUCGAUUUUGGUUUGCCUUUUAUAAAAAAAAAAGAAAAA